AUGAAACGAAAACUUGUUUUGACCAAAGACGAUCGAGAUGACGAAUAUUAUGCAGUUAUUAUCGGUGCCGGCUUUUCUGGUAUAGGCAUUGGAAUCAAAUUACAUGAGGCUGGCAUGUAUAAAUAUGUAAUAUUGGAACGUCUAUCACACAUCGGUGGUACUUGGUAUGCUAAUCAAUAUCCAGGUUGUGCUUGCGAUAUUCCAUCGAAUCUUUACUCGUUUUCAUUCGAACCCAAUUCACAAUGGUCAUAUUUUUACGGUCGACAACAAGAAAUAGUCGAAUAUAUGGAACAUUGUGCAGACAAAUAUGAUCUUCGUCGACACAUUGAAUUCAAUACAACAGUUAUUCGUUGUGAUUGGCUCGACGAACGACAAGUAUGGAGAGUAACAACUCGGUUGAAGAAUGAUCAAGAGAAACAAUUCUUCUGUCGAAUAUUAAUUUCUGGUAAUGGACCUUUGUCGAAUGGUGCCUAUCCAACGAAUAUCCCAGGAAUUGAUAAAUUUCAAGGUCGAAUGUGUCACACAGCUGAAUGGGAUAAGUCAAUUGAUUUCAUCAAUAAACGAGUGGCUGUCGUGGGAACUGGUUCUAGUGGAGUUCAAGUUGUGCCCGAAUUAUACAAGAUGAAUGUGUCAAAAUUGUACGUCUUUCAACGUACACCUGCCUGGGUUAUUCCUCGUAUUGAUCGACCUAUACAUGCAUGGGAAAAACGUCUCUUUAUCAUGUUUCCAAUUAUUCAGAAAUUCAUUCGAGGAAUUAUCUAUUGGAUAUAUGAAUCGACUGCACUUUCGUUUACUUACCGAUUACCAAUUCGACAUAUAUGUCAAGAAUUAGUCAAUUAUAAUCUUACGAGACAAGUUAAAGAUAAAGAAUUACGAAAGGAAUUGACACCAUCAUUCGAUGUUGGUUGUAAACGAAUUUUAAUUAGUAAUGAUUGGUAUGCAACACUGCAAAAACCCAAUGUAUUGCUUGUUACUAGUCGAAUACAAGAAGUGACAUCGAAUUCAAUUAUUACUCAAGAUGGUAAUGAAUAUCCUGUUGAUAUUAUCGUAUGGUCAACUGGAUUUCAAGUGCAUAAAAUUCCGUUUGAAAUUUUUGGCUCAAAUAGUUUUUCACUUUCUAAACUAUGGGCGGAAACAAUUCAGGCCUACCGUGGUAUGACUAUGCCUAACUUUCCUAAUCUAUUUUUAAUCCUAGGUCCGAAUGUAAGUUUUGGUUGUAAUACGACUAUAUUCAUGAUCGAAGCGCAAUUGAAUUAUAUUAUGGAGGCGCUUCUAUUUAUGCAAGAAAGUGAUGUAAGUUCCAUAUCGAUUAAGCAAAAUGUUUUUGAACAAUACAAUCAACAAUUACAAUCAAAACUGAAAAAUACAGUGUGGCAAUUAGGUAGUUGUCGUUCAUAUUACCAAGAUGCUCAUGGGAAUAAUAUAGGUAAUUGGCCCGAUUUUACAUGGGUCUAUUAUUUAUUUAUGCGAAAUUUUGAUCAUAAAAAUUAUCAGAUAACCAAAAUGUAA